AGAUGGGAAAAACCAGUAUGAGCGAGCAUUUGGCGUUUCAUCAAAAGACCUCUUUGAGGCUCUCUACAGAUCAGAAGAAGAGAUGAUCAAAUUCAUGUAUGGUUUAAAUGCAAUUUGGAGUAUAUGUGGCAGAGAUGUGAUUGGUGCAUUUGACCUUUCACCUUUCACCGUCAUUUACGAUCUGGGAGGAUGUGCAGGUGGUUUGGCCCAGGAAUGUAUUUCUUUGUACCCAAAUUCUACAGUCACAAUUUAUGACCUACCUAAAGUAGUGCAAGUGGCAAAGGAGCGUUUUGUACCCUCAGAAGAACGUCGGAUCACUUUCCAUGAAGGAGAUUUUUUUAAAGAUCCAAUUCCAGAAGCUGACCUGUACAUUUUGGCUAGGAUCCUGCAUGACUGGGCAGAUGACAAGUGUAUGCAGCUACUAACAAAAAUCCACAAGGCUUGCAAGCCUGGGGGCGGAGUGCUGCUGGUUGAAACACUUUUGAAUGAAGACAAAACUGGGCCUUUGGAAACCCAGCUUUACUCUAUGAACAUGUUGGUUCAGGCUGAAGGAAAAGAACGAACGCCAGCCGAGUACAGCAAGCUCCUCGCUGCAGCUGGUUUCAGAGAAAUUCAGGUCAAGAAAACAGGAAAGCUCUAUGAUGCCAUUUUA